AACGAGAGUUUGAUUCAAAGUGUACCCAUUUUUUGAAUGAACGAUAACAGCCAAAAUUCAUCGUAAUAACAGAAGGUUCUUUUUAUCUUUUUGGGAGGAUCUUGGCUGCAUGAAGCAAACCACAAAUGGCAUCACCACAAACGCUUCAGCCUGUCCUGAAGAUGAAGGUCGACGAGCUCUUCCUCUUUUGGUUGAGUGAGCCGAGUACUCAGGCAAUGCUAAAAGACUACCUCAACAAAAUCAAGAAUGGAGAAGGAAUAGAGCUAAGUCAUGCUGAUUUCAAGGGCACAAGCACUUUGGUAUUAACAGAAAACAACAACAUUGCCUCAAAGAUUAAUGCGACCGAGAGAAUGACUGUGGCCCUUGGUGCCCCGUGCAGCCCUCCUUCAGCCACCCUGCCAUCUGCGAGUGGCAGCAAUAAUAGAGCAGGAGUGAAUGCGAGGGCCCUGCGACGCUCUGUCAGCACUAAGAAGCAAGCGCAGGCUAAGAAAGAGGAGCCUGUUACACCAGCUUUAAGUGAAAGCAUUCCAAAGUUCUACUUCCCUCGAGGACAGCCCCAGGCCAAUAUCAACAUAGACAAUCUGAUUUCCAAGAUAGAAAAAACAUUUUCUCAAUUUCCUGAUGAAAGAGUCACUUUAAAAGACAUGGGGCUGGUCGCCAAGGCCUGCGAGUGCCCACUCUAUUGGAAAGCUCCAUUGUUCCAUGCUGCCGGAGGAGACAGGAGGGGAUAUGUGUCCGUUCACAAGUUUGUGGCAAUGUGGCGAAAAGUGCUUCAGACCUGUCAUGAUGACACAUCCAAAUUUCUUCACCUUCUGGCCAAGCCUGGCUGCAAUUAUUUGGAACAAGAGGACUUUAUUCCAUUCCUGCAGGAUGUGGUGGAUUCACAUACAGGUCUGGCAUUUCUAAAGGAGGCUUCAGACUUUCACUCACGCUACAUUACCACUGAUGUGGUGGAUUCACAUACAGCCAUAUCCCACCGAAUGAUUGAGAGAUUAUUCUCAGGAGCUGUAACCAGGGACAGAAAGGUUCACAAAGAGGUUCACAAACUGAGCUACACUGACUUCGUAUGGUUCCUCAUAUCUGAGGAGGACAAAAAGACUGAGACCAGCAUAGAGUACUGGUUUCGCUGUAUGGAUCUGGAUGGGGAUGGAGUUCUGUCCAUGUAUGAGCUGGAGUACUUCUACCAGGAGCAGUCUCAGAAGCUUGAGGCCAUGGCCAUUGAACCACUGCCUUUCGAGGACAGCCUGUGCCAAAUGUUAGAUAUGGUUAAGCCAGAAAUCCCAGGAAAAAUCACUCUCAGGGACUUGAAGAGAUGUAAACUUUCCCAUAUUUUCUUUGACACCUUCUUCAACGUUGAGAAGUACCUAGACCACGAACAGAGGGAUCCCUUACUGGCUGCAAGGGAUGCUGAGACAAUGGGACAGGAGAUUUCUGACUGGGAGAAAUAUGCUGCAGAGGAGUAUGAUAACUUGGUAGCUGAGGAAACUGCAAACGAGCCGUACAACGAUUGCUGUGAUAAUGUUCUAGACCCAAUUGAUGACAUUACAUAUGCUUUUGACCUGCGGAAUGAGAAGAGACAUCUCUUUGAGAUCCCCAACCCUCACUGUAACCUGGACCUGGAUGAAUAUGAAUACGAGGAUGAUUUUGAAUAACAGCCACCACCACACAACACAAGUAAGGCUACCAUCUGCUAGUGUGUAGAACAGGAAGUGGACCAAUCCUGCUCUCCGGUACUGAUGUCGCCUGGUUCAGCUAACCAAGGCUUGAGUGUACAGAUACGCUCCCCCAGCCGCUGGAUACCAGACAGUAAACCAGCAGUCUGACGAGGAUCUGUUUAGCAAGACAGAUCGUGCUGGCCCAGUCUAUCUGUCAGUCUGACAUCAAUACACAACCAGCUUUCUGAAACAAAUGUAGCUGCACUGUAGGUUUUAAGCAACUACACUGGAA